AUGGCGACACAGCAGAUGUCAUCGCCACCGCGAGGCACGAAACGCAAGGCCGACGAGAUGGAAGGUCCACGCCGAAUCCGAGCACUGCACGAGGACGUCGUCAACAAGAUCGCUGCCGGCGAGAUCAUCGUGGCGCCUAUGCAUGCGCUGAAGGAGCUUAUCGAGAACGCAGUCGACGCUGGCUCAACAAGCCUCGAGAUUCUGGUCAAGGACGGCGGGCUUAAGCUUCUCCAAAUCACCGACAACGGCUGCGGCAUCAACAAGGAUGACCUCCCAAUCCUGUGCGAACGCUUCACGACGAGCAAGUUGAAAGCUUUCGAAGAUCUCCAAAGCAUUGGCACGUACGGUUUCCGCGGUGAGGCUCUGGCGAGUAUCAGUCAUAUAGCUCAUCUGACCGUCACGACCAAGACUGCGGACUCAAGUUGUGCAUGGAAAGCGCACUACGAGGGCGGAAAGCUAGCGCCUGCAAAGCCCGGCCAAGGUGCGGACCCGAAAGCUUGUGCCGGGCGGCAGGGUACGCAGAUUGCCGUCGAGGAUCUGUUCUACAAUGUGCCUACACGGCGACGUGCUUUCAGAUCGGCGAGCGAAGAGUAUGCGAAGAUCGCUGACCAAGUCGGGCGGUAUGCUGUACAUUGCAAGGGUGUCGCGUUCUCGUGCAAGAAGCAUGGUGAGGCUGGAGCUGGCAUUGCAGUACCUGUCAAUGCAACUGUGAAAGACCGAAUCCGCAUCGUGCACAACAGUGCCAUAGCGAAUGAGCUGGUUGAGGUCGAGCUUGAGAACGUUCAAUAUGGCUUCAAGAUCGAUGGUCUUGUAAGCAGUGCUAACUACAGCGGCAAGAAGACAACGUUGUUGCUGUUCAUCAACCACCGUUCGGUUGACUCAUCAGCUAUCAAAAAGGCUGUCGAACAGACAUAUUCCAACUUCCUGCCGAAAGGCGGAAAGCCGUUCGUCUACCUCAGCCUGGAGAUUAAUCCGGCCAGGGUGGACGUCAACGUACAUCCCACUAAACGUGAGGUCAAUUUCCUGAACGAAGAUGAGAUCAUUGAGCUUCUAUGCGACGAGAUUCGUAUGCGACUUGGCAAGGUCGAUACAAGCAGGACAUUCAUGAUGCAGAGCUUGUUGAGUGGUGGAAAGACACCAAGCAUCUCGAAGAUACCCACGCUGCCUGAGGAUGACGAAGUGAUGACAAGCACUGCAAAGCGCCCUGCUACCGGCAAACCGACGACGCAAAGGCCAACCGAGAACAACCUUGUUCGCACCGAUGCGAAGAGCCGCAAGAUCACGGCGAUGCUGCCACAAGCUCAGCGCCCCUCAUCACCAUCACGAGAGCCUACGUCGGAUAACAUGGAAUACGAAUACACCGACAAAGAACCUACUCUCUGCAGGCUUACGACUGUCAAGGAGCUUCGUGCCUCGGUUCGCGAAAACAUGCACAAUGAGCUCACCGAUGUGUUCGCCAACCACACGUUCGUCGGCAUUGUGGACGAGCGUAAGCGCAUUGCGGCCAUGCAAGGCGGGGUGCGGCUGUACCUGGUCGACUACGGCAUGAUAGCUGCCGAAUACUUCUAUCAGCUCGGGCUGACAGACUUUGGCAAUUUCGGCUGCAUACAAUUCGAGACUCCGCUAAGUUUGCGUAAAUUGCUGGAGAUCGGAGUCACGCAGGCAAAAGCUUUGGAGCCGGAGACAGUUGACUUCGACUGGGGCCAGGUCGUCCCUGCUGUAGUUGAACAACUCAUGUCACGCCGUGAGAUGCUGGCCGAGUACUUCACGCUCGACAUUUCUACUGACGGAGAACUGUUGCGCAUACCGCUCAUGGUGAAGGGCUAUAUGCCAUCUAUGGGCAAGCUACCUAGCUUUUUGCUCAGGCUAGGACCGCACGUAGACUGGAAUGACGAAAAGGGCUGCUUCGAGAGCUUCCUUCGCGAGCUGGCAAGCUUUUACGUACCUGAGGUGCUGCCACACGAGCCCGUAGGCGAGCAGGAGGAUGCAGACAUCGCUGCUCGGCGCAGCGAGUUGCGAAGAAUGAUCGAGAACGUGCUCUUUCCUGCAUUCAAGUCACGCCUUGUUGCGACCAGGGCACUGCUGAAGGGUACCAUUGAAGUGGCUAACCUCAAAGGCCUGUACAAAGUUUUCGAGCGUUGCUGA